GUCAGAGACAGCGUUGAUGUCAGCGGAUGUGGAAGAGGUGGCGGAGGCACCGCGAGAGACGCCUAGUCCCUCCAUGAAGAGCGGCAGUGCAGGCAGCAAAGGCAGCGCCAUGAAGGCUUCCAGCUGCGACCUUCGGCAACCCAGCGACCAGGACGACACGGACUCUGAGUUGUCCGACGGCGAGAACUUCCUCACCAAGGGCGCCUUCCUGCUGACCCCCAGCAACGAGCUGAACAUGGAGAAGGCGUCGGCGAUCUGCGAGAAGAUGAACUUCCGAGGGCCCUACUCGCUGACGAAGACCGCCACUGGGAUAUUGUUCAAGUUUGCCGAAAUGGACGACUACCAAGCGACUUUCAAGAAGGGCUUUCAUAAAGUUACGGGAGCUAGGUUUUACAAAAAGAUCCCGAUCCCGUGUCGGCCUCAGAAGACGUUCGUGGUGUUUGUGCUGGAGGUGCCGGACGAGGUGCCGGAGGAGGACAUCAGACACGCGUUGUACAAAUACUCCUCCGUGGUGGAGGUCUGCAGACUCCAGGGAGGGGUUGUGGCAAGUGGCAGUGGAACUUCUCUGUCCUCAGCUGGUGGCCAACAGGGUAGUACAAGAGCUCUUGACAAAGUGGCCAGGAACGAGGGUUCCACUGCGUCAAGCAACAUUUCAGGCAGCAUCAGAUCUCUAGACAAAGCGGCCAGGAACGAAUUCGGUACUACAUCAGAAAAAAUAUCAGGCAGCAUCAGAGCUCCUGACAAAGCGGCCAGGAACGAAUUUGGUACUGCAUCAGAAAAAAUAUCAGGCAGCACCAGGGCUCUCGACAAGGUAGCAAGGAACGAAGGAACUGCCUCAGGAAACACGUCUGGAUCGGAGGCAGGGCCUAUCUUGGGUACUUCGCCUCCGCCAAUCGUCCGAAUCACAUUGGCGUCCAUCGACGAGUACAACUCCCUGAUAACCAAUGGUUUUGAUUUCUACGGGGCCACCUUCUUCCCCACGGAGGCGGCGACUGCAAACAUGUACCGCAACACUGGACGCAAGGGUAGCAGUGGCAACGUAUACUUGCCACCUGUAUGGUAUCCCAACAACAGAAGAUAUAGCCGCUACUUGGACUUACCAUCUGGAGGAGGAAGGGUUAGGGAUCUUCUGCCAGUUUUUGACUCGACUGCGUUCGCUAAAAUACCCCCUCCUGCCAGCAAAACGGUUAAACCUAAGUAGAUAACAUAUUAUGUAAGGUGUGCCAAUAAGCUGACUCGGUGAAACACUUUUGGUAAAAAGUAUUCUUUAGAACAUUAUGCUACUAAUUUAGUGAGUAAAGGCUGUAAUCAAAGUUUACUAUGUUUUCUUCUCAAGACAUUGAGAGAUUUUUUUACUAUUGGAGUUCAUUAACUUCAUAACUGAAAUGUAGUUGACAAGUAUAAAAAACUCAAACUGUAUUUUUUCAAGUCUGAUGUGCAUAGCACGUAUUUUUGACAUACCUGUGAAUUUAAGUUAUAAGUAUUACUUGAUAUAUCAAUACAUAAAUAUUACUUGACAAGGGACUGGUGUUUCAACCUUGUAUUACAAUGCUUUUGACUUAGGUUUAGUUUAUUUUAGUUACAAUACAAUGCAACUCUGAAACAUAUGUUCCUAGCAUACAAAACAGUUCCUAAAAACCAGUGAUCUUAUGUCUGCCAUUUUCAGUGCCCAUAUAUUGCACCAUAAUAGGUUUUGUAAAUAGAAUACGGUUUUAUAUUCAAUAAUAAAUAUAUACCUCUG